AUGACAAUCCGUUUCAUCCGCAAAAAUACCACAACUCCCAUUCCCGAAAUUAUCAAGUUUGACUAUAACUCCGAAAAUGAGAUCGCAUCUCCCUACAUGAUGAUGCGGUUUGCCGAGGGAUCCCCUGUGUGCCAACUCUGUUGGGAUGAGACUGGCCCAACCCCACUGGAAGAGUGCAGGCAUAGAAUCCUAGAUAAUAUUGCCAGUGCAAUGUCACAGCUUUCACAGUUCACCUACCAAAAGAUUGGGUCUUUACAAUUCGCAGAAGACCCUCGAUAUAGUUUGUCUAUUUUGCCCAACAUUGGCCCAAUCAAUAUCAUCGAUGAAGAGGCCGAGAUGGAACAGCUGGACUCAGAGGCAGAUACUUGUGCUGUAUUCAAAAGCGCUGUUGUAUUCAAAAACAUUGGACCAUUCACCAGCUCGCAAGAGUAUAUUACCGCCCUCCUUGACGCCCAACCACCUCCAGACGAUUCGUACUCACUUGGAAUGCAAAAUCUGCUCAGAAUGAUGAUUAAAAAUCUUCCCCUUUCACGUCCCGUAGCAGGAAUUGAAGGAUCAGGAAUUGAAGGAUUUGAGCUUUCUCAUCCUGACUUCAGUGGCCAAAACUUUCUUGCCUCCGAGGAUGGAACUCUUACCGCAGCCAUCGACUGGGACGAUGUUCACACAGUCCCUGCAUGGAUCGGAUGUUGUGCAUACCCGGCAUGGCUUACACGAGACUGGGACCCUCGAUGUACGGCUACCCCGAGGCCGAGCGUGAAAACUCCCCAGAGGAACUCGACAAAUACCGCAAAUAUUACGCUGCAAAGAUGGCUUCCUUGGGUAGUGCUAAAUUUACCAUCAAGUCGGAAAUUCACGAAGCCGUCUGCAUUGCUGCAUCCAGUCCCCUUUGCAUUUACAACAUCGUCGACAAAAUAUUUCAUCACAUGUUCCCGCCGCCGGAAAACGGAAACGGCUAUAACUCAGAUGAUUUUGAUUUAUUCGAGGUGGCUGAAGCACUUGCUGGAGAUAUGCGCCCCGAUGUAUCCAGCUAAAGCUUCGAGCGUCUGCUGCCCGACUCAAUCAUUUACUACCAAGUAUCAUACGAGUACAUCUUCAUAG